GCCGUAGGCCAUUGGGCCGAUAUAUUGGCGCUAUUUUGCGUCUAAAAUACUAUUUUGUUCAUGUUUUGAAUAAAUUUGGAAUAGGGGACAGUUAUUGUGAUCGUGCCGUGAUUAUAGUCUCCUUUUAAUAUAUACUACAAGUAUUCCUAUGAGGUUAUAGCAAGAAUAUAAAUGGGUUCUCUAAAGUAAAGUUAGUGUCAAGAAAAGGCUGACGCCCUUAACUAGUUGCACUGAGGAAUUGAAUGGCUAUGUAUUAUUACGCCAGUAAACUAAAUGAAGCCUCAUGUAGUGGGUGCAAUAUAAAGGUGCCACCAGCACCUACUGAACCAGCACCAGUGCCCCCUCCACCCAUUGAGCAUGCACCAUUGCCUCCUGACUCAGCCCUCUUGCAUGGCACUGGACUGUCCUAUUAUGAUAACGAUGACUACUACUCUAUGGUGAGAGGGAACAAGUUCAUGUCGGAAACAACUUGCAAACACAUUGUAAUGAACGGUGGCAUAAAUUUUGUGGAUACUCAAAAAGUUGAAGCACCACAGAUAUCUGCUGUGCUUGCACCUGGAGUAAAAGCAUUGACAACACUUCCAUAUAUGAGUUGUCCUCUUGAAAAACCAGAAGUAGAAUACAAGGAUGGACAAAUUGUUAGUGCUACACUGGAUGCACUGGUGGACAUGCUUAGACCUGGAGCCAGUAAAAAUUUUACCUUUACCUUUCUCCUGUGCUCACGCCUUUUUGUCAAACCACAUGAAUUGCUCAGCAAACUUUGUAAACGAUACUUUAAAACGUAUGAUAAAAUAGGUAAAGCUGAAAUUAAUGAUUUAAAACAAAAGGAACUAGCUGAUAUGGUAGCUUUUGUGCGUGUGCUUAAACAAUGGACCAGUAUGUUUCCUUACGAUUUUCGUGACGAUAGGGUUAUGGCACUAGUGCGAAGUAUAACACAGAGGUGUGUAGCUGAACAUAUGGGCUCCGUACGAGCUGAAGUGUCAACAAUGCUAGAAAAGCUCCUUGAUAAAUUGACAGCACUGGAACAGUAUGAAGCAACAUUGGUGGAGAUUCCACAAGUUACAUCUGUUGAUCAACUGCCUCAGGGAGAUAUUCUGACUCUAGGAUUAACACCUGCAGAAUUAGCGAACCAGCUGACACUGGUGGAGCUGCACAAGCUGUCGUUUGUCGGACCCGAAGAAUUCGUGCAAACCUUUGCACCAGCACAGGCUUCGGCGCCAACUUCGUCGUGCGGCAAACCUGCCAUUAAUUUGCACCAUAUUGAUACCAAGUGCACUCGGAAUUUAGAGGCAUAUGCUGAUUGGUUCAACAGGCUCAGUUACUUAGUAGCCACUGACAUAUUGAAGUGUACAAAGAGCAAGUACAGGGCACGAGUCAUCGAGCAGUGGGUAAUGACGGCUCGUGAAUGCUUCAAUUUGGGUAACUUCAAUUCGCUCAUGGCAAUUAUCAGCGCGUUGAACAUGUCGCCGAUCUCCAGACUUAAAAAAACUUGGAGUCGUACAUCAGCCGUAUGUGGCCAGCAACUGCGACAGUUGGAGUUGUGUAUAGAACCCAGUGGGAAUCACGCAAGAUACCGUGCAGCAUUAGCGGCGGCACCCACUGAAACAGCUGUUCCAUUGUUGUCGGUUACCUGUCGGGACCUACACUUUGCUAAUCAAGGAUCUCCUUCAAAGUUGCCGGGGAACUACGUAAAUUUUGAGAAAUGUUCGUUGCUGGCUCGGUACGUAAGCAUGCAACUGGCAGCGCGGCGACUCACCGACGAGGACUCUGUCCCGGUCAGUGCUCCGCAGACGCCAGCGCGCCGUUUAUUCGCUGAUCGGCCCACGCUUUCCGAAAAUGUUUUGGAACUCAUAUCUUUCGAGCGUGAGCCACCUGUCGACCAUUCCGAAAAGGAGCGCUUGAAGCGUCUUCGUGGUGGCACUUAAAAUAAUCUAUUUCACUUCUCUGAGCCAAUACUCAUUAACAAGUUUUAUUUGUCCAAAUACUAAGUUACUACCCCAGUAAACUUUAAUAGCAAGGUAAGUAAUUUUAAAAAGAAAUAGCGAACAUGCUAAUACUAUGGUACGGAAUAUUUACUCAUUGUUGAUGUUGUAGUAUUUUAAUUUGUACUUAAUUUUUUCCGUGUUUUUUAUUUAUUUAUUUUUUUAUUAGAAAUCUCGGGAGUUUUGUAAUAAAAAAAUGGCUACCUCGGUAGUUCAUCCAUGAGGCACUGUAUGUCUUGGUGCCAAGUCCGGUUCCCUCUUGAAUAAAUUAAGAAAACGUUAAUUAAAUAGCGUUCUUAUUUUCUAAAUGUCAGGGUGUUGCGGAUUGUGCCCGCCGAGUUUAUCAUUGUCCUGGUCCUCAUUGUAAAGGAAAUUUAUUAUCCUUGAGACCGUGUAAUUGACAUGAUUGUCUAGCUUUAUUUAUUUAUUGCAUUGUACUUAAUAUUUAUUAGUAAAGUUGUUAACUACCCGCAAUUAUUAAUUACGGGUUGUUGGCAGAAAUGUAUAGUUAACAGCACAUCGAACUAUAACUAUUUAUAACCAGCACUUUUGUUCGAAUAUCACGUACAGUGCAACGGAAGUUGAAUGUGCUGCCCUCUGUACUCUUACAUUGUGUUUUCGCUAUUUUAUAUUGUGUUCCUUUUUCUUUUUGUAAUUAAAAAUCUCGGAGUCUUUUGUACCUGCAAGUAUUUAUGACGCGCCGUCUUGAUCAAGUCUGCCAGCCAUCUAUGAUAACUGACUAUUGGUUAAAUUGUAACGUUUCAUUGUGAUUUUGUUAUUUUUUUAUGUUAGAUAUGUCUCAAGUUAUUGAGAAACUAGGAUUUGUCGUUAAUAGUCCCUAUAGUCAUUGUUUUACAACUUUACAACAACAGAUCCUUUAUGGUAGCUUCCAUAGUAGUUAUUAUCUUAAACUGUAUAAUGUGUAUUUUUUUCGUCGAAUAUUAAUUAGUUCAAUUAUAUACUGUUAGAAUCCUUAAGUCCAAGUUCCUUACUUAUCAUUAUAUUUACAUUUAAGGUUAAAAUCUCUAUGAAGAAUCUCUGAAUAUAUUUUUAAAAAUAUUUAUGUCUCGUACUUUGAAGUGAUCUCAAUAGAUUCAACUUAUAUUUGUGUGUUUCUGUAAUUGGUGUUGGAUGUUAAGUGAUAGUUUUAAGUAUGUGUGGAAAAUAAUUUAUAUUGUUGAGUGUUCAUAGCUGAAAACCUGAAUAAAAACAUUCCCGUUAUUAUAUUGUUAACUUCGCUACUCUAUUAGAUUACUACAUUUUAACAUAAUUAAUAGCCCACCAACGUAAGUGAUGAUUCAUUUAUUACAAUAAAUGUUUAUAUUUAAACAAUGAUAUCCGUAUGAAAACGUUGAAAAUAUGACAACUGUAUUACUUCGCGUGUAGAUUUCAGUUGCCAUGUUUCAUUUCAGUGCUUAAAAUAUUUAGAUUAAGUUGCCAAUUUAUAUUAAGGAUUUGUUUAGAAUUAACGUCCAAAUCAAAACGGACCUCGUUACUGCUUGCAGUGGGUUUUAAUUUGAAUAAAAAUAGAGGUAAAUUAAUGUGCUACUGUGGAUUUAUAUUAACUGCUUAAUUAACUGCAUGAAAAAAUUAUUCAACACAAGCGUACCUAUUUUGCAUGAUUUAACCUACAAACAGGUACGUGGAGAGUAGCAAAUUAUUUUCUUCCAUUUUUAUUAACACGGACUUCCGCAAAGUAACGCCUGAAUCAAAUAAUUUUUUUGAAGUAGUAAUUUCAAAUAAUUGAACAUUACUACCACCUCGCCGCAUUGAAGGUGCUUUUUGAUUUGAGCGACUACAAUUGCUUUAUUAGCAGAUGCACUCAAUCCCGUUAAAAAUAAUCUUAAAUACUGUAUAUUCUUCAAGCGUUUUUAGGAUUAAGUUUUUUAGUAUAGAAGUCAUAUUAGGUAACAUAUUCAUAAUUAUACCCAGUGAAUGAAUAGUUUUAUGACGUAAUUAUUUAGAAAACAUUGGUUUAUUCUUUGAAUACUCAUUAUUCUUGCAUUCACAAAAGUAUUUUCAGAUUGUAAAGUCUUGUUCCCGUAUAGGAGAACAUACUGGAAUUUGUAAGUGUUUUGGAUAUACAUAUAGUUUUAAUAUCCUAAUAUUGUAAAAUUUUUCGACGAACAUCUCGAGUUCAUUUGACCUUCAUAUCACUCCCAUAAACAAUAGAGGUCUAUUGCGGUGUAGGUAUCCCACUUAUACAUACUAACGUGAAGAUGUUUUCUCGAAUAAUUUGUAAAUUAGGUAGUUCACUGGAGACUUUUUCUUUGAUAACUUUAAAACGAAACUUCCGGUACACAUAUUUUAGUAUAAAAAUAUUGCUAGAAUACAACUCUGCUCAGCCAAAAAAAAAAAAAAAAA